AACUCCUGAAAUAAUAUGAAUAUUUCUUCUUCUUUUUCUUUUUUCUUUUUUAUUAGUUUCACUAAAAAUGAAAUAUUAUGAAUAUUUACACAAAUAUUAAAAUUAUUGAAGCUUUCAAAAAGGGUUUAAACAAAGUAUAGAUUCAUAUUUAGUCUUAAGGUUUUUAGAAAAAAUUUAACUUAAACAUCUUAUUUUUACUUUUGAAUGACCUGGCUUUUUGAAAAACCAUAGCUCGACUAGAAGCUGACAUGGUGGAAGGAGAAUAUUUAAUUCCCAGUACUGGAUUGUGUUGGUCAAGAUAAUGUUUGCAUCGCAUUUAGAUUAAAAAAAAAAAAAAAGAGCACGCAAAUCUGUAGUUUAAUCACAUAUUUACAACAUUAAACACUUAGUUUGGUUAUUGAAAGACUGAUUGACCUAUUGAUUAAUUGGAACUAGAUAAGGUAAAUGCAAGUCCUGUGGGAUUUGUACUGCCAGUGUUUGAUUUGAUUUGUGGAGGACGCCUCACCCACUGGCCUCUGAGUGUGGGAAAGCUAAUCCUGACUGGGACUCAUGGCUUUGUAAUGCUAAUGAGCUCCUAUAAAUAGAGGAGCGCGACCCUCAUCCCCAACACAACUGACUCGCUCUCCUCAGAGAAACUUCUCUCCAUCUGAACGAAUGGCUCCAACCUACAUGACUGACUACUCUAAACUUUCCAACAAGGAAAAGCAUAAAUUGAGAAAACCAGUGGUGGAAAAGAUGCGCAGAGAUCGCAUCAACAACUGCAUCGAGCAGCUCAAAUCCAUGCUGGAGAAGGAAUUCCACCAGCAGGAUCCAAACACCAAGCUGGAGAAAGCCGACAUCCUGGAGAUGACGGUGGUUUUUCUGAAACAGCAGCUACAGCCCAAGACCUCGGCUCCACAGAAAGCCCACUUUGACGGCUAUUCUCAGUGUUGGAGGGAGACCAUGAGCUUCUUAUCUGGAAACACGAAGGUGGACGCUGUACGUCAGCAUCUGAACCGCUGCCAAGAAACCCAGAGAUCAUCUAAAGACCUCACUCACGUGUCUCCAGCUUCCCAUCAGGCCACCAAGUUGAAGCAGGAACCAUGUGCUCACAGACCUCUCUGGAGACCCUGGUAGACGAUGAAAGACUUUCAUUCCCUAAAAAAAAAACUAGAUGGUGGUUUUACCAUCUCUUAUGUUGUAGGAGAUGCUUCCUUUUCUAUGUUAAUUCCUUUUUAAAGAAUGUCUUUUUAUGGCACUUCUACUUAGUUUAUGGGUGAAAAUGGGUUUCACUAUGUGAAAGUCCAAUUUUCUGCAGGUGAUUAUAUUAUAAUCAGAGGUUUAUUGUAACACCUCUAUAGUUUUCCUCAUGGAUGGACAGAAACUUCUCAAUGAAGAGUCAAUGAAUAUAUGUUUAACUCCUGUGGAGUCAAAGACAAAGUAAUUACUUGCAAUGUUUGAUAUGCAAAUGUUAUAGUUUCUUCUUAUGAAGGAUGUGAAUUUUCUAUUUUUUUUCUUCUAAUAUAUAGUGACAUACUGUAUGUUAAUUGUGCAAACAUAGUCACAUACAA